GCCUCUUCCUGUUUCGGGGACCAGUAGCUCUGCGGCCGCUAAUUGCGAGGCUGUGGGCAGGGGUCCUCAUCCUCUCGCCCGGUUCUCCGAGCUUGAGGGUUCGGUCGGCUCGGGUAGAGCAAUCUCUCCGUGGCCUUGCGGACGCGCCCCGCGGGAGAGGAAGGCGCGGGCCGCGGCGGGAGGGGCUGAGCGUGCGGGCAGCGGGCUGUCACCCGGGCUGGCUCUGCCGCGGAGCGCGCCGGACUGGAGCUCCGCGGGACAGCGGUGAGGCCGAAGCCGCGGGCGCGGAGACUGCCCCGGAGCGGCGGCGACGCGCGCUUCCCCGGGCUCGAGUGCGGUAAAGUGGGGAGUCCGAGGGGUGAGGCAGCCUUAGGCAAAGAACUAACGUCUCCGUGCUUAAAAUCUAAGAAAAAUGGCAAAUGUGGAUGAUAAGCAUCACCUCAUCUCUGAAGUAGAUCAUGAAGUACAUCCUGGACCAAUGAAUAUCCAGUUUGAUUCAUCAGACCUGAGAUCCAAAAGGCCUUUCUAUAUAGAACCCACAAACAUCGUCAAUGUGAAUGAUGUCAUUCAGAGGGUUAGUGACCAUGCUUCUGCCUUGAACAAGAGGAUCCAUUACUACAGCCGACUUUCUACUCCUGCAGACACAGCACUGAUUGCUCCAGACCAUGUAGUUCCAGCCCCAGAGGAGUGCUAUGUGUAUAGUCCUUUGGGUUCUGCUUAUAAACUGAAAAGUUACACUGAAGGAUAUGGCAAAAACACUAGUUUAGUGACCAUUUUCAUGAUUUGGAAUACCAUGAUGGGGACAUCUAUACUAAGUAUUCCUUGGGGCAUAAAACAGGCUGGAUUUACUACUGGAAUGUGUAUCAUCAUGCUGAUGGGCCUUUUAACACUUUAUUGCUGCUACAGAGUCGUGAAAUCACGGGAUACGAUACAUUCAUUGAAUACUACUACCUGGGAAUAUCCAGAUGUCUGCAGAUAUUAUUUUGGUUCCUUUGGUCAGUGGUCAAGUCUCCUUUGCUCCUUGGUGUCUCUGGUUGGAGCAAUGAUAGUUUAUUGGGUGCUUAUGUCUAAUUUUCUCUUCAAUACUGGAAAGUUUAUUUUUAAUUUUGUUCACCACAUUAAUGACACAGACACUAUACUGGGAGCCAAUAAUAGCAACCUUGUGAUUUGCCCAAGUCCUGGGAGUGGAGGCCAUUCUGACAAUGACUCCAUGAUUUUCUACGCCAAUGACACAGCAGUCCAGCAGUUUGAAAAGUGGUGGAAUAGAUCCAAGACAGUGCCCUUUUACCUAAUAGGGCUCCUCCUGCCAUUGCUGAAUUUCAAAUCUCCUUCAUUUUUUUCAAAAUUUAAUAUCCUAGGCACGGUAUCUGUUCUCUAUUUGAUUUUUCUAGUCACUUUGAAGUCUAUUCAGUUGGGAUUUCAUUUGGAAUUUCACUGGUUUGUGCCAACAGAAUUUUUUGUACCAGAGAUAAGAUUUCAUUUUCCACAGCUGACUGGAGUGCUUACCCUUGCUUUCUUUAUUCAUAAUUGUAUUAUCACACUCUUGAAAAACAAUAAGAAUCAAGAAAACAAUGUAAGAGACCUGUGCAUUGCUUAUAUGCUGGUGACAUUAACUUACCUGUAUAUUGGAGUCUUGGUUUUUGCUUCAUUUCCUUCACCUCCAUUAUCCAAAGAUUGUAUUGAGCAGAACUUUUUAGACAACUUCCCUAGUGGUGACAUCCUGUCCUUCAUUGCAAGGAUAUUCCUGCUGUUCCAGAUGAUGACUGUCUACCCGCUCUUAGGCUACUUGGCUCGCGUCCAGCUGUUGGGCCAUGUCUUCGGUGACGUUUACCCCAGCAUUUUUCACGUGCUCAUUUUUAAUAUAAUUAUUGUGGGAGCCGGUGUGAUCAUGGCCUGUUUCUACCCAAACAUAGGAGGGAUCAUAAGAUAUUCAGGAGCAGCAUGCGGUCUGGCCUUUGUAUUCAUAUAUCCAUCUCUCAUCUAUAUGAUUUCCCUCCACCGGGAAGAACGUCUGACAUGGCCUAAAUUAAUCUUUCACAUUUUCAUCAUCAUUUUGGGCCUCGCUAACCUGAUUGCUCAGUUUUUUGUGUGAAAACUUUUCUCAAGAUCUUUCAUGGUAUUUUGAGCCUUGAAAAUACUCCUUCAUAAACUCAAUUGUAAAUCCUGAUGUUGCUGUAAUUCUAAAUGUUUUUCUAAGAUAAUUUGAAAGCACAAGAAAUAGCAGGCCAUUGUUAAGUAUUUUUUUAUAAGAAUGGGCAAAAGGGCAAUAAGAAUGAUCUUAAUCUCUACCUUUCUUAUCUUCACUCACUUCUUUGUUCUCACUUGUCUUUUCUGUGUAGAAAUGUGGGAAGAAUCAUGAUGGGCUUUGCUGUUAGAAACAAGGUAGGUAGAUUUAUUUUGACUACAGUAAAGAUUCUCGCCAGGGAUAUGGCACAGCACCUGCCUGGCAAGCCCAAGGUCCUGAGUUCAAUUCCCAGUAGCAAAAAAAUAAAUAAAUAAAAAUAAGGCUUCUCAGGGUGUCGCGGCAGCUUACUGCUAGAUCGGAUUUCUGUUUUAUGUUUCAGUGUACCUCUGUUUUUUUACUUACCUACAGUUUGCCUAAGCCUUUACUGUUUGUGGACAGUAAACCAAAUACCUCACUUUUAGUUUUCAAGGCAUCAGUGUUAAUAGAAUGAAUUCGUAACUGGUCUUUAAUCUGUUUGAAGAACAAAACUUAAAAAUAGUAUCAGUAUGAGCUUUAUGAUCAGAAAUGUAUGCAAAAUAAAGUACGAGGGUUUGUUGCUGUCUGACUCCUCUUUUAUUUCUAGUCUGUUUCCAUUAACUUAGGUUAAAGUCAUAGUUCCCCACCCCAGAGUUUGCAUAGGAACAAGAGUGAUUGUCCCCAUAGACCCAGGGACUCCUUGGCUUUUCAGCCUUGUGUAUGGCAUAGGCUCUCAUGAGAGGGACCGUGGAGAAAGCAUGGGCAGAGAGGACCAGCGGAGGUCCUGAUAGGGAGAAAAGGAGUGGAGAAGAGGCCAGCAACGGUGACAUGCCCAGUGUAUUUUGAAUCCUCUGGGCAUGAGAGAGGUUUAUUUGCCAGAGGAAAGAUUUAUUUUGUUUGUGUAUGAUCUCUGUAGAAGGAAAUCUUUGCUUCUGUAACUUGUAGGGCAGAGUUCAAUCUCCAUAAGAAAAACUUAGAUUGGCAAAAAAAAAUAAGGGAAUCCGAAUUCUUAGAA